AUGUUUCCAUUGUCAACAAUCGGUCAGGAGAAAAAUGUAUCCACAAUCCCCGUUGGUGGCAGAAGUAACCGAUUUAUGCGCACCAUCAUCGACUCCAGUGGCGACAUUCAGCCUUCUGCCGUCAGCAACGCGGAUUCGUCCGGCGAAUCCGGAUUCGAAUUUGAGGCUUUACCAACGUCCGAUAGCGGCACCGAUAAGCUGCCGGACCUACCCGUCGCUUGGAGCCUGGAAAUGAACGAUCUCUCGAUGAUCGACGACGAGAUGCAGGUGAUCGACACGAUCGAUCAGAGCUACUGGAAUGGGAAGUUUGUGCCACCGCCGCCGAGACCGCCGUUCCUGGAGGAGUCGAUUGCACCGGACGGGCUGACCACGUGCGACCUGUGCUCGUGGGCCUGGCAGGACAAGGGAACGCUGUCCCUCGAUGGAGCGAUAAAGGAGAUAUUUUCUUCAUCGGACACGAAGGAAUUCAACUGGACAUUCGCGCUGAUCGUGGUCUCGUUGACGUCCGCUUUGCUCGGUGCCAUAAUAAUGAUAGUGUUUCUUAGAUGUAAAAGAAUUCGAACCAACCAGAACCGCCUCCGGACGCUGUGUUUCGAUACGAGCAGUACAAAAGACACCAGCGGGCUGAACUUUGACAACCAGACGUCGAAAAACUCCACCAACGGAUCGUGCAGCCCACGCAGCACAAACUCGGGCCUGUGGACGUGGUUCAGCAGCCGCAAGAACCUCUCGACGCCGGAUCAGCUGGUCAACUCGCACACACUGCCGGUCGAGAACCACUACACGCACAUGGACGACAACAACUACAACCCGGUGCAGAUAGACGAGGCGUCGUACGCCGAGGUGGGCAACGAGACCGGGCCCUCGUCGGAGACGACCUUCUACAAAUCGGGCUCCGUACAUCAAGGUACAGACAACGACAUUCUGAUCAUGAACUGUCCACUCCCAGCCAUCCCAACCGGGUCGCAUAGUGCCAGCGGAGGCGGAGCGAGUGGUUCGGGCAGUGCGUACUACUCCGGGCUGCUGAACAACGCCAACAUGGCCGCGGGCGAGGACGAAGACGAGCGACCGUACGAAAUCGUCGAUCUCAAGGAAAUGUCCUCACCACACAAGACUCACAACGUCCAAAGCCACCUGCUGAACGAGACGAACAAUCUGCUCACGAUCGAGAAACACUCGGAAGCGUUGCCGGAAGGGACGAUUUCGGCGUCGGAUUACGUUUGAUACUCUGGUCAGUAGUCGGUGUGGCGGCGGGCAACAGAUCGGUACAAAGCACGAGACAGCAGAGGGUAGCAUUUCAACAAACCCGUUUGUGUUAAGGUGUAUUUAUUCGAAAUCAAACCACGUGAGAUUCACAUCAUAGCCAUUGAA